CUCGUAACUAUAAAAACGUUUCGAAAAUGUUUAAAUCCGAAUUACGCGGCUUUUCUCAAGGUCAUUUGUAUAAGCUCAAUUAAUAUGAAAUUGAAUCGAUUAGAGAAGUGUAUAAAUAUCGAUUAUUUUAUUAUUAUCGUAAAUAUAGAAAAAUGUUGAAGAUCUUUCAAGUGUAUCUUAUUGUUUACGAUUGUUAGGUGUUUCCCAUUUUUGUUAAGAUAAAAUUUAUUUAUCAUAAAACAGUGUUAGAGAAGAACUGGUAGAAAGUAGUUCUAAGAAGGGCUACUCUGCCGUUGUGUCGAGAGGGGGACGAUCAUUUGAAGCAGUCUUUGUUUGUACGUAUAUUUCGUCGGCUACAGCGCGUAGCAACCAAGUACAGAACAGAUAUUAAAGGGAAAGGAAGAAAAAUAAUAGACAGCAUGCUAAGUAGCUUGGCAAACUAUUUACUAGGAGGAAAUAUCUCCACAACACAAAAUUCGCGUAAUGCUUCCAAUAGUGAAAGUCUGGAGAAUUUCCCUGUAGUAGCUAGACUCAGUCAGGUGGAGGUCGAGGGCGACGAUUGGAUCCUCAUCGACCGCACUAUACCUUUAGUUGAGGGCGCAACGGCGCUGGAGGAGUCGUGGUAUGUAACACCACCCGCAUGUUUUACACGGGCAGGACCCGUAAAUGUAGAAACCUCACCACUCGAGGAUUUGCUAAUUGAACACCCAAGUAUGUCUGUCUAUCGAGCGACAACAGCGUCUCCGGUCGCUCCUGAUACUCCACCGCCUACGCCAGACGCUACAGAGGAACGAGACCUCGAAGAGGAUAUUACUCCACCUGCUCGUACCUCAGAUUUAUCCACCGUUUCCUUAGAACGUAGUCUAAGAAGGAGCGAGGAUGACGAUAUAUUAUCCAGACCGGCCAUCCAUGACGGUAGACCUGCCAAUAACCGGACUAAUAGUGACAAAGUCCGAGUCAUUCAGCUUCGUUCCGCUCAAAAGGUUCUUGAGAAAAGAUCUACUCAAGCACUGAAAAGAGGUCGAUUGGAGAGGAGUAACAAACUGAGGGAAGUGUUCAGUGUAAAGGGCAAGCGGCCACGCCGUCAAGACCGUUUACGUCUUCAAAAUAGUGGCGCAAAUAAUAACCGAAAAUGCUAGUCAUUCGAUCUCAGGCCAAGGUGUACUUAAAUUUUUCCUUCUCAAGAAAAAAAAAAGAAAGAAAGAAAAAAGACAAAACGGAGAAAAAAUAAUUCGAUUUAUAUAUUAUUUGAUUUUAAUUUUUGUUAUGGUUAAUUAAUUAAUUAUUCAAGGCGAAUAUAAAAGUGGGAUUGUUCCCUUUACGUGCGAACACGUCGUGGAAAUGUAUGGACGUAUGAGAUAUUUUGAAAAUGAUGAUGUAGAUGUGUGACUGUGGUAAUCUAAGAGUUUCUCGAGUCGCUUUUAUUCACGAUGAACUUAUUAGAUAGUGUCGUCAUGCUUUUGUCCAGUUUUUAAAUCAAUUCUUUUAUCAUAUAGAUAAUGUAGAUAUCAAUAGAUAAUGUUCAAUUAGAGCGAAUAUAUGUAAUAGUAUGAUUUGUUGUUUGCUUUGCAAUUGUAAAUACAAGUGAAAGGAUAACAGAGCUCCUUACUUAUUCGAAAAACGCGUAGUAAACUCUGGAAAAAGUUUUAUCGACGCGUUUCAAGUCCUGAUACUCUGAUGCUCCUGUCUACAGUUAGCCUAUAAAUUGCGUGCUCGAACAGACAGGGGUUUGUAACUUCGUUGAAAGACAAAACAUUUGUGCUUUGAAAAUGCAACACUUUCUUUAUCGAGUGUCGGAGCGCCUCUUAUGUGAUGACAUAAAAAAAAUAAAAAAAUAAAAAAAAAAAGAAAGAAAAAAAUGAAAGAAAAAAAGAAAAAAAAGAAAAAAAGAAAGAAAAAAGGAAAAAAAAAGAACAAAGUUUUAUUACGUAUGGUAGAUAUCGCAUAUUAAAGAAGCGAUAUUGCGACACUUUUUUACUAUAAAUCGUAUCGUUUUAUCGUUUUAAAGUAUGUUUAGUGGGGUAUAAAGCAAUUAUUCCUCGCCCCCCUUCUCCUUGCGUAAAAGACGCAACAAUGGUGUUCUAUUUUAACAUAUAAAACGAUACAAUUUGGAGUAUCGUUACACAAAGACGGCAGUUCGUAACCUCGAUAGUCAAAAAAAGAAAAAAGAAAAACAUUCUCAAAUCACAAGUACUUUGGGCGUAUUCACCGUGUGAAUCUUAUACAGCUUGAGUCUUACUCGAGAACAUUGUGAUCGAUGCACGAAACGAUGCCACAAACAAAAAAAAACAGGUCAAGAAAAAUAUUUCGGGACCACACUUCUACUUGUGGAUUAUAACUGAGUCCCUGUUAAUCAGCGGGGUGUAGAAACUGUUAUGUGCGGGUCUUCCGUGGAAAAAAAAAGAUGUAUUAAAAAACGUUAUAUAGAAAAUAAUUUUUUUUUGUUACCGUGAAACGGUACCGGUUAUUUAUGACCAUAAGAAAGAUACGGUAAACGAUAGAGUAUCUGGAAACAAUCUUUUAGUGUUAAAAAAAGUGGGCGAAUGAUCAACUAUGUUCAGGUAGAUUAAAUUAGGUUUUCAUUGAUGGACGUUAUGCACUUAAAAAUAACGAUAAAGUGAUCGGAGUAACAAGAAAAUAUGUAUUCUAUAUUCACUCAUACUCUUGCUACUCUACGUAUGUAAAAUGCGUUCAUUAUAUGUUGCACAUAUGCUAGAUUUGAAUAAUACACGUAAAAAAAGUAUAUAUAUACAUACACACACACAUAUUGUUUUAUAUUCUUGAUCCGAACAUUAUGUAUAUAUACACAUGUAUACGUGCGUACUUGUAUAUAAAGGUAGAAAGAUUUUCUUUUGAGCAUAAAUUUUAAGCAAUAAGUGGUAACGUACAGUAAUUAGAUACAUUAAUUGUGUAACAUCCAUUAAUGAAGAUCUGACCGAUACUUAAAGAAAUAAGUAUCGAUAUAGAAUGUUACGUGAGAGUGCGUAGACAAACGCACGCAUAUACACACAAACACAGCUUUGCGCAGAGUAAAGAUGUGAAUUUUUAGUAUAAUUAUUAAUAAAGCAAAUUCUACUUCAGGGAAGAACAAUGGCCCGUAUUUUCGUUGUUCUUCUUGGUGGACAUUUCGAAUGACAUCAAGCAUAUUAUAUAUGUUUGAUAACGACGCAUCAUUAGAAUGAAAACAAAUAUAUAAUCUUAUAUAUCACAGCGAAAUGAUUACAAAAAUAAGAAGCCCGAUAGAUGCGCGUUGUAGCGCAUUCAAUUUUGCGGUUAAUAAGCGCAUUCGCUAGUAAUAUGCAUCGAUGCGAUAUAUCUCGAUAAACUGAUAUACAAACACAAUAGGUGGUGUAGUAUGGUGUAUUAAAUGAAUUUGUUCAAUUCUUUUUGUGAAUUGUGCACGUAAAGAAAGCAAGUCAAAACUGACAAUUUCAAUAUAAUAUGAACUUUCGGAAACUCGCAGUUUCCUUCAAAGAAUGUUCUGUGUUAAACGUAUGAUGAUUCUUGUGAGAAUAUAAAUAAUUACGUUCCACGAUGGUGUCGCCGAUUGGCACAAAUUAACAAAAGGAAACAUAGAUGCAACAAAUUAAAAAAAAAUAAAAAAAGAAAAUCUCGUUCCUGAGCCGUUAUUUAGCGAUGAUGUAUACGCGCACUAUGUAUGUAUCUCCUAAUGAGCGGCAGUGAUCAUUUUGAAAACAAUUAACAAUUAAAACAUUUGAUUAUCGAUCGAAUGUUUCGAAGGAAUUUAGUCGAAUCAAGUGUUCUGUAUAAUUUGCAACUAUCUUAUACACCAAUUCCUUCGAUUCUAUUAUAUGACUUGCGCUAUAGUGAUUAAUCGAUUAAUUAUAUUAUCUAAUUGUACGUUCGUGCACCUUGACCCUAAAUAAUAUAAUAAAAUAUUUUAUGUCAUUAA